AUGAGUGCCUUUGAAGAGCUGGGAAUUUGCCCUGAAAUUAUCCAAGCAGUCGAGGAGGACGACUGGCUGCUUCCCACUCCUGUGCAGCAAGAGGCCAUCCCUCUUAUUCUUGGUGGAGGUGAUGUACUGGUGGCGGCUGAAACUGGAAGUGGAAAGACCGGUGCGUUCGGUUUGCCUUGCCUCCAGAUCGUCCACGAGACUUUGCGCGGGAAAUGCAGCACCAGGAAGGCGGCGGCCUCGAAUCUGAAGUGCGAGCUGAACUUAAACGACAAGGACAUGUUCGUGCUCGUGACAGAAGAUGGUUUGGAGUGCAAAAGUGAAGAUGACAAGCGAUGGAACGGGAUUCGUGCGACCAUUGAGGUGAUGCAGGGCUGCUACAUGUUCGAGGUGGAGGUCGUGGAAGGCUUGGUGAGAAUAGGUUGGAGUGCCGGAUUUGCCAAGUUGGAAAUUGGAAUCGAUGACAAGAGUUUUGGCUUCGGCUCCACCGGCAAGAAGAGCUGGAAUCGCAAGUUUGAGGACUAUGGUGAAGCUUUCGAGGAAGGCGACAUCAUCGGCUGUUUGCUUGAUCGCGAGAAGCAGACGGUCUCCUUUUGCAAGAACGGGAGAGAUCUGGGAGUGGCCUACAAGUUACCCCCAGACAUGCAGCGGAUAGGCCUGAAGCCCCACAUCUGUGGAAAGGGCUUCAUGGCUGCAGCGAGAUUUGAUGGCCCGAUGGAGUACCCCGUUGAGGGCUACACUCCUGUAGGUGAAAUCGAUCCCACGCAUACUCCUCAGGGAACGUCGCAGGCCAAAGGCAAGCGACCGCCCCUUUGUAUGAUCCUGGAGCCCACAAGGGACCUGGCCGAGCAGACUUACAAAUGCAUGACCACCUUCAACAAGUAUCUGGACAACCCUACUGUCCGAAUCACCUUGUUUGUCGGCGGUAUCGACGAGAAGGAGCAGUUUCGAGCGUUGGAAGAAGGCGUAGACAUCGUCGUCGGAACCUUGCAGAAGCUGAUGGACUAUGUCCGCCGGGGCAAGCUGGAUGUCACCCAUCUGAAGUUCCUGGUGCUGGAUGAAGCGGAUGAUCUGCAAAAGAAAGAUGAUCGAAAGGAGAUUCCACGCCUAAAUGCGCAGAUCAAGCGUGGCCGGCGAGACCGCGUCCAGACCCUAUUCUUCAGUGCCACGCUUCACACUCCAGAGGUGGUGCAAAUGAUUGAAGAGAUUACAUCGAGACCCAUUUGGGUGGAUCUCAAGGGCAAGGACUCCGUCCCAGAAACCGUGCACCACGUCGCGCUCUACAUUGAUCCGUAUCAAGAUCUGCAGUGGAGCGAUGCUGAGAUCGCGGUGCGAGCCAAAGCCCCCAAGGAGCAGCCGGUUCUGGAUGGUGUGCACACGAAGCCCACUAUGUCGAAAAUCGACAGGAACCAUCCCGAUGCGUUGAAGAUGUCAGAGAAGAUCAAGAUGAUGAAGCCGAAGAUGGUGGUCAAGCUUGCUGAUGCUUUCAACAUGUCGCAAUGCCUGGUGUUCUGCCGCACGAACGUCGAUUGCAACAACCUCGAAGACUACAUGAACCGACUGGGUGGAACCAAGGCCUAUGGUGGCAAGAUGGAAACCGGCAAGGAGAAUCCCUACAGCUGCGUCGUCCUUGCAGGGAUGCGCAAUCAGGACGAGCGACGAUCCAACCUCGAGUCCUUCAAAGAGGGUGAUGUGCGAUUCCUCAUCUGCACCGACGUCGCGGCAAGAGGCAUUGAUAUUGCGGGACUCCCCUUCGUGAUCCAGACUACCCUUCCCGAUGACAUCGAGAACUACAUCCAUCGAAUCGGCGGCGGUCAACAGCUCGAGAUCGACAGCGCCGUGGCCUUCCCCUGUCAAAUCGACAGGCUCUACGGGUGGCCAACCACCACGGGACGGAAGGAACAGAAGCCAUGGGAAGCCGAAGGAGAGCAAGAAGAUCAACGAGGUUGGGGCCAAUAUGGGGGUUCCUAUGGGGGAUCCAGGCGAUAUUUGUCGGGGGCAUACGAGACGUGGAGGAAAAACACUCCGUCGCCGAAGGCCAAGAACCAACCUCGAGCUUUCCCUGCCUACGACACGGACUGGACAGCACAGACGGGACUGGCAAUAGUCUCAGAACGGCGGGCUCCCCCUGGACCGAAAUCCGGGCAGAGCAGUCUUGCCAAAGUUGCCCAAGAUGCUGUGAAUCUCUUGAGGAAGGCAGAAAGCCGUGUGGCCAGACUACACACGGAAGUACAGGAGAAAGCCAGAAGAUGGGAAGCGUACCAAAUGGAGUUAAAAAACUCGUUCGUGCAAGAGUACCGCCGCCACCUCGCUGCCCUAGACCGCUUGGAGCAGGAGACAGCAGAGGCAACAGCUCAAGAAGCCAAUGCCAGAGAAGUGCUGAGUCGGGCUAUGGAAGGAGUCGUGCCCAAGACGACCAACCAAGCUCAGGCUUUGCAAGCUUGGGAGCAGCUCUUGGCGGGAACGCAGGAAGACACUGCCAUGGAAUUGGACUCAGCGACUUUGGGACGACAGCUGGACGAGAUCCUCCUUGCCAAUGCCGCUGCCGCUGGCCAGGUGAGCAGCUCCUCCAGACAUCCACCAGGAUUGCCUGCACCCACCCCAGCGGAAGCAGCAGGCCCACCAGCUUACAAUGCGACGUCUCCAGCAGUUCGACGGGAUCCCUACAUGGCAGCCAGCCCUCAAGCCUGCCCGGGGGCCCGCAGCCCGGCGGCGACUACAAACGCCUCGGUGAUGCAUGGACACAGCGUCCCGACCGGUCCUAUCCUACCCAUGGACGCAGAAUCGAUUGCAGCUGUGAGGGCCUUGAAAGCCAGAGUUGGGGUGAAAGAGGCAACAAAGACAGUGCCACGACCGACUUCCCCGCGCACUACCAGUCUGGCGGACAAGCUGCAGGAAGCACGACGAAAUGCUAUGAGACCUUUCGGACUACCGGUGGCGGGGACGGAUCCAGUCCCGUCCGAUGCCUUCUCGGUGGGAGGCCCACCUGUGGGAGAACAUGCUCGUCCCCCGGGCGAGGCACAUGGAGCAUCUUCGCAAGGACAAGAAGUCGUGACCGUGGAUCCGGACGAACUGCAAGCAGCUUCCCCGGGUCUGAGUCGGGACGACGACCGUGUCUUGGCAGGUGCCCCCGGGCUACACUGGCGUUUUGGGCCAAGGCGGGGCGCAUUGCACCAGCACGAGCCCCGCAGGCUGCUAAAGACCCUUUUUUGGUGGCAGCUACCCAGCAUUGUGUGGGCGGCACCGCCUUUGUGGGGCGAAGCAGUUGACAUCAUCAUUGAGGCUACGCGGCUCUUCCCAGAUCCUAUUCCACUGCAAACCCAAAGGAUUGCCCGACCCUCUGUGCUUGAUGACAUGGAUUUCCAAAGAAGGGCCAGCUGGGCGAACCAGCUGCAACUUUGCGCUCUCCAAGCUCCUUUGCUCCAACAUGAAGAUACCCCGCCAGAGGAUGAAGGGGCCUCAUCCGAGGAUUCUGUACUAGGACGUACCAUCAUGAUCUGUCGUGUGCUGAUUCCACAUUACCAUACACAGACCAUCGAGUUUGACUUGCCCCUGCCAUGCCCUAUGUCAGCGGUGCUCGAUGCAGCCAAGUCCGCCUUGCGCCUGCCACCCAAUGGUUUUGCUCCGAUCGUAGCGGCCACGAUACCACAGCUAGCUCCAGAUCACGGCUCCCUAAUAGCUUACCCUGAAUGGGUGUGCACGUCAGGCCUGGAAGUCAUUGUUUUUGAUUUCGCUGCACUAGGAGGGCCUACGUAUGCGGCCUACGUGGACAAACAUAUGCGCUAUGGGGACUGCCUCCGGGAAGCCCAGCACCAUGGCCAGCACGACUGGGUCGCAUAUGCUUUUGGUUGCUCACGACCCCUGACACCAGGAGAUACCAUGAUUGCCAUAACGGGAGGUGUGAUUCAGUUCCAGGCUCCAGGAGCUGCAGCACACUGGGACUGUCCGAUGUCCACAAGACUUGCAAGACCUCAGUGGUGGUUCGCCGAACCUGUUUUGCCUAGGACUCCCGACAGUCGGCCAGUCUUCGUGACGGUCGGGGACCGACAUCUCGUUGUCUCAAGAGGGCUGUUCCCGGAUGGGGAGAUUAGGACCCGACUGGCAGACAUGGUGGAUCGUCCGCCAGAGCGCACCUUGUUCUGCAUUGCUUCGGGCACUUCCCUGCAAGAUGUGAGCCAUCAUGGCAAGGACUGCCGUGAUGUUAUCGCGGUUUUCCCACUGGAGCCACGGCCGGAUAGAACAGGAAUCCUAGUCUUCCUUGACCCGCGCCCGGCAAAUGCGCCAGUGCUUCAUGUAUACCUGGCCGAAUCGAGAGUCGAAGCUGCCUUCCUCUUGCGAUAUGUCGAGGCCCGACCCCCGCCAGCUUACACCCUUAAGUGUUACCCUCGCCCAGACAGACAUGGAUUCCUCACCUUGAGGGAAGGCGAUGUGGUUACCUUUGGGUUUGUUCGUUCAGGGAUUUGGGCUGACUUUCAAGGCAGCACUGAUGACGAGUCAUCUUUGGAAGACAGUGCGAGCUCUGCGGAGGACGAUGCCCCAGCUCCUGGCGACCAGCUUGGCAGGCAAAUGGGCCCACCACCACCCCUCCCUGUCAACCUUCCGCCAGAUGUUACCGUCAGACGGGCACGCUCCCGCUCUCCAAGGUUCGUUACAGACGAUGAAGCUGCACAUUCCACUGCACUUUCCGCAGCUGCUCCGGUUGACCCUCCUACGGCGGACGACAGGAUUGAACCAGCCGAGCGAGACUGUGAGAUGGAAGCCCCACCCCCGCGGUCUGUGCGACAGGACCCGACUCACGGGGCUGCUUGUGUUUUGUGCGACGGUGGUCCAGACCACCAACACUUCGGCCUGCAUUUUCAGCGGGACGGCGCCUUGACUGCGGCGCGCACCCAUCGCAUUCCUGACGCACAGCCAAGCCAACGAUCAGAAGCAUCUGGGGCAGCCCAGCCUCCUCCAAGGGAUCCACAUCAACAGCCCUUUGAACUCUGGGAAGAUCGUUUGCCAGGUCUUCCCCCUCCAAUUUUCGUGCGACCCAGACCAACUGGGGAGGAGGUUGGAGGUGGUGAGGCAGGGGUCAUGCCAGCACGUUUUCUGCUCUUCGCACCUGAAUACCUCCCAGAGGUAGUGGAUGUUGACCUGCCGAUCGGCAUAUCCGAAGAUCAGGCCCUUGUAGCUGUGCAGAAUCAGCGAUCGCAGAGACUUGUUGAUCGGUUCCCACGCCUCAUUAUUGCACAUCCACAACCUGUGGAAGCCUAUGCCAUUGGGCUGGUGUUGCCGAACUGGACUACAGACAAGCAUGUGAUCUUAGACUGCUCACGCAUCAAUGGUGCGAUCUUCUGUGCACUAUGCGCAUCCGUCACCACCCGAGCGUCGCUGCUGGCCAUAGCCAGGUUGCCUCGGCACUCCACGGUCGAAGUAUACGUCCACGACCGCCACCUUCCCCUGGAAGAGAGGGACGCUAUCGGUGUGGACACUGGAUACUGCAUAACCUUCGUCCCGGCGGAUCAUCUGCCGUUUGCUGUCACGAGGAUCCAGGACAUGCUGCAAGACACUCUAGCCUGGAGUCGAGACCACCCCUUACCUGGAAUUGAUGGAAUGUGGUUCCUUCUACUUACAGACGACGAACCCACACAAUUCCUACGUGCACCAUGGACGACCGGCUCACAAAGAGCUGACAUGGCCCAAGUACUGGGGUAUGACCCUGAUCGACUCGUGAUUCAGCCCACCCGGCCUAAUCUCAUUGACCAUUUUGAUUAUGGCAUUUGGGGUUCUGCGGUAUUUAUAGUGACCCAAUCUGUGUUGCGCAGUGCCGAGUCCGUGCUAUACGUCUUGGAUAUGAGGCCCAUCCUUUGCGGCAUGACUUGGGGUGUGGCCAGGAACGGCAAUGUCAUGACUGAACCGAUUCUGAACCGCUUUCAGUCCAUCUGCCCGGAAAACUGCAGGGCCGUCCUUCUGCAAGGUGACAAUCCUCUUGCCGCCGAGGAUGGUGUAUGUACUGUCGUGCCAGGAACUGUGCUCACGGUGCAUUUUGUUUCUUCUGCACCCACUGAUGCAGCACAAGCCGCUGAUGCACCGGCCCCAGCAGAAGGAUCUGACACUGACAACAAUCCAGAUCAUGAUCACCAGGACCAUCUGGAGCAAGACUCUCAUAGAGCUUCGGUUGGGGAGGUCUCGACCUCGGAUUCGUCACUGGCUCCAGCAGAUAGCGAAGCUGAUGUGGGCCCGAGUGGCCCGAGUGACAGCCUUGCACCUCCCCUGCCUCCAGCCUCUCUGGUGGCCUGCCCUGAGGCACAGGAGAUUCCGACUGUCAGGCAGGAGAUGCAUAAACCACGCAUGCUCAAUUUGUCAAGUAGGGCUAGUAGAGUUGCAAUGUGGAGGACGGUAAUCCUACACCUCGCCCUUUCCUCAGGGCCACCUUCCCUCACCCCUUGCCUCCUGACCCUCCUACAGGACAUAGUCCAUGGCAUUGUGCUUGGUUUACUUUUGCCGUGCUACCUGCUAACGAGCGGUAUUCCUGGGCACUCUAUUCUGCGUGUUGGGAUUUGCAUCCUUGUCGGAUGGACUUUCCUUUCUUGUCCUCCGGCUGCUGGUGUCCAUAUUCCCGCAAUUCCCCAUGACCUUCGCGGGCAACUUCGCCCCUCCUUGACCAUGGGUCAAGAUACAUGGAAUACAGAGCACCCGCAGCAUGCCGAGCCAGCUCCUGGAGCUUUGUGCCUGCCUGUGCAGGCAGCCCCAGUGCAAACAUUUGCCCGCCGUGCCAUUCCGACUCCAUGCAGAGGAGGCCGCCUCGCGGAUUGCCCCCCAUACAUCGACGACGAUAGUGAUAGCUCAGACGAAGAGAAUCGCGAUCCACUCAGCGACCUUCUUGGACAGUCAGCCUCCCGUUGUGAGAAUAGAGACUUGUGGUCGCGUCAACGCCAACCAACCCUGCUUGAGAUAGCCGCAGCUGAGCCGCAGUGCUCGGCGAUGGCGGUUGCUGCCGCCACUCUUGAAGUGCUUUUCGAGGCAUACUCGGCAGACACCGAUUCUGAUAAGACCCCUUUGCCGCACAUCUUGAGCCUCGAUGCGGCAAUUCCGGGCCAAGUACGACCCUCCACCAUGGCCGGCCCUGAUGAGGUCUGUUUCGGCGUCACUCCGUUGGGCUUCACUUGGCAGCAGCUACAUCAAUUCUGCAGCAUGUCGGUGCAGUGUAUGUCCUGGCUAGAAGCCAUCGCACACUUGAGCCAAUGCAGGGUACCAGUGGAUCCGGAGUCGACAAACAUAGCGCUGCAUGAGGUUCAACAAUCGGGCCACCAAGGCCUUCUAUGCUUCACAGAUGGCUCCUUCAACCCUGCAUCUGAUGCGCAAGAUGCUUGUGCAGGCUGGGCAUGCCUUUUCCUCGAUGCCUCUUUGGGUGUUUUAGGUGUUGGGUUUGGCAAAGUUCCCCAGUGGAUAUUGGGACCCGGAGAGCAGCUUUCUGCCUAUACAUCUGAAUGCUUUGCCUUGACCAUCGCUGCGAUUACAGCAUGGGUGAAAUAUCCCGCGAUGCCCGUCACUUUCUUCUCUGAUUGUGUUGCAGCUUUGCGAGGAGCUGAAGGUAAAUUUGCGUGUCAAGUCGGGGGAUGUGCCCAAGCUAUGUGCAACGCCUUCGAUCUCCGAAGAUCCCAUCGAGCCUUGCAGGACAGUUUCGCAUAUGUCCCGGGCCACCAAGGGCAUUUCUUCAAUGAGAUUGCUGACACCCUUGCAAAGAAGGGCGCUCGCUUCGACAAGAUCGCCCCACUCCUCGACCUUCCUGAGCCAGAUCUUCAAGACUGGCUUUCAGGUGGUGCCCCGAGACUCCCAUGGGCGGUGACCGUGCUCCGCCAACUCAAUGGGGAUCCCACCCUUCCAGCUGCAGGGGCCCGCAGUCUAGGCCAUGACUCUUGGCAUCAAGGAAUGACCUAUGCACAAAUGCUGCAGCCAUUCGUUCCCAGUGAUGCUAUCUGGGACUCCGACAGCAAUCCCAAUUCUGAUGUGCAUAAUUCCCUCUUCGACCUGCGCCUGCGCGUCGCAUCUUUCAACACUCUUAGCUUGGGUGCCUGUCUUGAAGAUGAUGUUGGCCAUGCGGUCGGAGGCAACGGAUUGCAUCAGAGCCCUGCUCGUGCGGCACUCCUCGCCAAACAGCUUUCCGACUGUGGCGUUGUUGUUGCCUCUGCAGGAGACAAGGUAGGGGGCUUCCUUCGCUUUGCUAGCGGUGCAGACCGCGGUCACCACGGUACUGAGUUGUGGUUUCGCGAGGGGCACGUCCUGAUGCGAAGCCAGUCAUCAUGCGAGGAGUGCUGGUGUUUUUCUGAGAAGCACUUCAACAUAUGCCAUUCUGACCCUCGACGAAUCAUGGCAAGGUAUAAAUCAGGCAGCCUGUCCAUCGUCUUCUGCUCGCUCCACGCCCCGCACAGAGCAACUGAGCGACCAAUUCUAGACGAAUGGUGGCAGGACACUCAAAAGAUCCUUGCCAAGCACCGCCGUCACGACUAUGUGAUCAUAUCGGGGGACAUGAACUGUUCGGUAGGAAGUGUCCCAUCGAGACAUGUCUCUGAUGUGAUGCCAGAGGAAGAGGACUUGGCAGGCGCCCACUUCCAUGAAGUCCUUCGAGACAAUGACUGUUGGUUGCCGUGCACGUUUCCUGAAUGCCAGCACGGACCCAGCGAGACCUUCUAUCAAAAGCGCAACGGCAAGCCAUGCCGUCCCGACUUUGUCGCGCUUCCUUUGACCUGGCAGUCCGGCACCUGCCAUGCCUUGACCGACCACGGCAUACAGGUUGCUACUCUAGGAGUUGACCAUGUCGCGACCUUGGUACAUUGCAGCCUCCGUUUGCACAUGCCUGGUACCAAAAAGAAGUCCAGAAGGGCCAGGCUGCCGCCACAAAUGUUCUCGGAUCCUAUGCUGCAGGAGAAGAUUGCACAGGUUAUCACCUCUGUUCCGCAAGUUACGUGGCAAACCUCAGUGCACGCUCACGCUGCACUAGUGGUUGGGCAUCUUCAGCAAGGCCUCUCGGCCAUUGUGCCAUGUAAGCCUUCUAGGCCACAUCACGUCUACCUGCAAGAGGAUACCUGGACACUGCAGAAAAAGGUCUCGAGCCUUAAGCGAAGCCUCAACAAGCUCCAACAGCAAUGUCGUCGAAACACACUUGCUUUCUUCUUCGCACGAUGGUGUGGCCAGCAGUCUCCCUUUGGGGAUACUCCUUGGUCCGGACCGUGGGCAGACAAGGCUCUCACUUCGGCUGUCUUGCACCUCUACCAUGUACGUGUCGGCAGCAAGCAGCUUCGCAUUGCCUGCAAGCACGAUAGAGCAGCAUACACCGCCAGCCUGGCGGAGAAGCUGGCUACUGGCCCCAACUCGGGGGUCCAUGAUGCUCUGCACAAGCUGCUGCGGCACAAGCGCAAAAAGGCCUACACCCCUGAGCCUCUGCCUCAGGUGAAAGACGCCAAAGGUGAAGUCUGCCCAGAUGCACCCUCUGCUCUGCGGCGAUGGCGAGAAUACUUUGCUGCCAUGGAAGCAGGCACUGCAAUGGAUGUCCAUGACAUAGGCCACCGCCUGGACGUAUGUCCGACAGAUUGGCCUACGCCUCUGGACACCAGCGAGCUGCCAACAAAGGCAGACCUUGUGCGCCUGAUGCUCUCGUCCAAAAGUGGGAAAGCUGCUGGAAUGGAUGGCCUCCCCAACGAACUCCUCCGAGGAUUCGCAACCCUCUGCGCUGAAGCUCUCUUGCCCAUCCUGCUGAAGCUGCUCUUUCGUGGGCAGGAACCAAUGGGCAUGAAAGGAGGUAUGGCAGUAUGGUUCCACAAGGGACGAGGUGCAAAAGACGAGUGCGCCUCAUUCCGACAAAUCAUACUUUUGCCGUGCUUCGCCAAAAUUAUGCACCAGGCGGUGAGACCUGCAAUCAGCGACCUGUACGUCAAAGGCACACCCCCGUUACAAAUCGGCGGUAAGCCAGGCAAAUCAGUGUGUUUCGGAGCUCACUUGGUGCGAGCCGUGCUUCGGUAUCACCUCAGCCGAGGACAAAGCUGUUUUGUGCUUUUCUCUGACAUAGCAUCGGCCUUCUACGCCGUGGUGCGGCAGCUGGUAGCAUCCAGGGGCGACACCGACGACCUUUCGGCAGCGCUAGAUGAAGUCUGCAAGGGCCUCGGCCUCUCUGAGGACGAAAUGGCCACCCUCCAACGGCAUGCCAGGGAAAGCACAGGAUUGAGCCGUGCCGGGGCAUCCUCCUGGCUUGAGGCGAUGGCACAACAGCUUUCUGACAAAUCUUGGUUUUUGCUUAAAGAUGACUCCCGAGCCGUGCUUACGGCUCGGGGCACUCGCCCCGGCUCGUCGUGGGCGGACAUUCUUUUUGGCAUGGUAAUUGGCCGCGUUUUGGGCGAAAGGGAUUCGUUGGAAGGCCUCUCUACGUCCUCGGCAGCCUUUGUGCCUCGCCUCCCUUGGGACGGCCAAAAAGUUUUAGAAGCUUGCCCCGAUCAAUGCGACACCAUUCCAGCAGGAGAUUUGGUAUGGGCUGAUGAUACAGCCACAAUGAGGGUCGCUCGCGCAAACUCUCGGAUUUGCUCUGCCGUUGCCUCAUGUGUGGGCAGCCUUUGUGACUCCUUCGCAAACUUUGGAUUCCGGAUGUCUUUUGGGCCCAAUAAGACAGCUGUACUCGCACAGGCUGUGGGCCCAGGAUCGCGGGCAGCAAGAAAGCAGCUUUUUGGACCACUGGGCUGCAAAGGGUCUGUCCAGGCGUUGCGUGAGACUUCACAACCUGUCCAGGUCCCGCUUGUAGCUACAUAUCGCCAUCUCGGCGUCUUUCAAGCUGUACGCGGCAGUCUCCUUGUGGAAAUCAAGUACAGAGCCGCUCAAGCCUGGGCUGCGUUCUCGGAGGGACGACACAAAGUCUACAAGGCAAAAGGAGUUCCGAUCAGCCGUCGUGGUUUCAUUCUACGAGCGUCAGUCCUUCCCAAAUUGCUCUACGGCUGUGGGACGUGGCCCCCACUCCUGAGACAGGAGCUGCGACUUUUCAGCGGAGCCCUAUGGUCCAUGUACAGGGCGAUCUGCGGCAUCCCAGCUCACGGGGAUCAGCAUUUUCAGGCCUGUACCAUCCUGGCACUAACCGGCCUGCCAGGACCACAGGAACUCCUCCAUGUACAGCGGUUGUUGUACUUGAGGAUGCUCCUGACCUCUGCCCCCGACGAAAUGUGGGCCGCACUCCGCACUGAUCAAGGCUACCUAACUGCCAUGAGGACAGCCCUCGACUGGCUUUACGGAUGGACGCAUGCUACGUGUGAGCUGCCACACCCUACUCAGGAGUGGAAUAGUUGGUGCCAUUUUAUCUGCCACCAGAAGGGCCGAUACAAAGGCUUGCUGCUCAGGGCGCAGGGUCUGGAAAAUUGCCGACAACGUGUGCUGGCUGCGCUGGACGGUUUAUACCGGGCCAUCAAAUCUCAGGCACCCAUUGUGCAACGACCUGACCACACACAAGAUGCCUUUCCAGAGGCGUGUAUCCCAUGCGCCCGAGUUUUUCAUUCUCGGGUUGCCUGGGCUGGCCAUGCUGCUCGCAAGCAUGGAUAUCGAACAAAGGCCUACCUGAUAGGCAAAUCGCCCAUCUGCAGAUCUUGCGGCCGCACCUAUGGCACAACCGGGCGUCUUCGGAGACACCUGAUUUCCAGUUCCCGAUGCAUCGCUGCUUGGGGGAGCUUCACACCUGCCUGUGAGGAGGAUGCCGCUAUUGGAUGCGACCAUCCGCAAAUGCCUCCUGUUCCGGUCCCUGGUAGCUUCAGUGCUCUUGAUGCGCCCGAGGAUAAGGAGACGCUUUCAACCGUCUUGCUGUCGGCACUCGACUCCCUUGUGGAGGUUGAGGAGGCCACCGUCUGGGAGGUUGUCUCUGAUGGCCACCCGGACGAUGCCAGUGUUUGCAGUGCUGCAGAGAAUGUGAGGCUCCUGCUAGAUCCUGAUCUUAUCGGAGAGCCUGAGCCUGAUACAAAGACCAAGGUCUCCCGCCAUGCCUUUGCUUUGGGCACUCUCCCGAAUUGGGCUCCGCUACCCCAGUUCAACCUGGCAGCAUCCCGUGCUGGUCCGUGCUUCCACCUGGAAGCACCACCUCCGGUGACACUGUCACCAUCUGGGCCUACCAGCACUAGCCUUCGACUUGGGCAAGCAUACUCCACUUGGCUUGAGCAGGCCUGCUCCAUCAUCGCACAGGGAUGGGAGAUUGCCCUACAAGAGGGCUGCACAUUUCAGGUCCGAUGUCCAGACUUGGCCAGAGGACUCGGCCCAGCCAAACAGUGGCUGACUGAUGCCGGGUUUUUCUUUAGCCACGAGGGCCUGAAAUCAUCCGCCACAGUUUCACCCGAAUUUGAUUGCUAG